AUGAGUGACAAUGAUAGUAACGUCAACGGGACUUCGUAUGUUGAAAUCGGUAUGGCCGUAUUAGGUGUUGUCGGAGCUAUUGCUGGUUUAUGCUCCGGUGUGGGCUCAGGACCGGAAAGGAAGAUGAUGAAAGCUCCCGGGAAGGAUGGUCGUAUUUUCAGAGAAGUUUUURAAAACGACCCAAAARCGUAUUUCAAGAAUCUGCGUAACAAAUGA